UGGAAGGGCCUGCCAAAAGCCGUCAUCGCCAAGUCUUGAGGACUCUAGUUCGGAGAUCUCCGGCACCGGCACCGGCACUGUUGGGCAGAUUCUCCGCUUCUACUGGAGGGGUAAGCCUGGUCCCUGUUACUUUAUUUGGGCAGAAAUCCAAGUAGUGGAAGUGAGUUACAUUCUCUCAGAACUCAUUAUGAAUUCCAUGAAGGCUGAAGAGAACAAGUCAUCCAGUGCUAUGGAAAAUGAACAGAGUACCAGACCUGAAAUUUCAGAGGAUAUUCUUAUGAGGCAGACAUGUUCUGGCACACCUGCUGAUACAUCUUUGUCCGAAACACAAGAGGGCAUCAGCGCCAUUAAGCUUAAAAGUGAAGUCAGUAGGCAUGAAACAUCCCCUGAAACUCAGAACCCACACUGGAGCACCAAUGAAAAAUGUCAUUUCACCUUUUCUUUGGACGAAAGCUCCAGGAAGGCAGACCGUAGUGUGUAUACGGCACGUGGUGGACUCAAUGAGAAUAUCUACUCAGCUCUGAGAGAUAAUGACUUCUUCCGUGAAAGGAUGACGAGUCACUUUAAUAAGAACAUUAUUGUUGAUGGAGAAAAAAAAAUACAAGGAUAUGUAAAUUUAGGAAUGCCUCUCAGGUGCCUACCUAGAGAUUCCCAUUUUAAAAUAAGGUUUGGUCAGAGUAGGAAUAACCAGGAAAAAGAUGAUCAGAUAUUACGCAAAUGUGAAAAUCCAAACAGUGAAUGCAUUCUUUUUAAUGUUUUUGCCAUUGGGAAGACCCUAAAGAAAAUUGUUCAGAUCAAGGAACUUCAUGAAAAAGGAAGUACACUUUGUAUCUAUGCCUUGAAGGGUGAAACCAUCAGAGAAGCCCUGUGUAAGGAUGGCCGAUUUCGUUCUGACCUGGACACAUUUGAAUGGAAAUUAAUAGAAGAUUAUAACAAAAUUCAUGGAAAACAGUCCACAGUGGAUGAAGUAUCUGGAAAAAAAUUAGAAAUGGAAAUUUUUAAAAAACCAUUUAUCAGGAAAGAUACCCAUAAAAAUAUUAAACAGGAAAAUGAAAAUGCCACUGAUGAAAUCAGUCCACGGGAUUUGAUACAGUCUAAAAGCAAAGCCCAUGAACCAGAGAAAGAUGGAGAGACUGAAGGUGUAGAACACAACACAGAAAAAAUUCUCCCACCUCAAAGUCUAGGGCAUGAUAUUAAAUAUAAGACUCAUCCAAUAAUUUCUAAAAAGAAGCAUUCUGAUAAUAAUCAUUUCAACAAAAAAUGUAGUGGGGGGGCCUCACAAGUUAGGCAAAGGCCCCAUCUGCAUAUGCAAUAUGUUAGUAAUCAGUUUAUCCAGAGGAAGGCAACAAAUCUCUGGCUAAAGAAUUUACAAAAGUUGGACCAAGUUAUAAUGCAACAAUAUCCAAAUUUUAAUCAAGAUGCACGUUGGAUGAGGCAGUAUUUUUGGGAAGAACAGAGGAAAACAAAACUGCCAACGUUUAAACAAUUCAAUUGGUAUAAAAAGGACUUUGGAAAAGUGACCAAAAAUUCUACUUCAGUUGCAACCUGUGAACAUCUUAUUCAUCUUAGUAACUCAGUUGGUUUCAUGAAAUGGGACAAUAAUGGAAACACAGGCAAUGCUACUUGCUUUGUCAUCAACAAUGGUUAUGUUUUCACCUGUCGACAUGUUUUACAUCUCAUGGUGGGAGAAGGCACACAUACAAGUCUGUGGCCAAAUAUAAUAAGCAAAUGUGCAAAGGUAACUUUCACUUAUAAAAAGUUCUGCCCUCCUCAUGUUGACUGGUUUUCCAUCGAGCCGUGGUUUGCUGUGUCGGAUGAAACUCAAGACUAUGCCGUUUUAAAACUAAGUGAAAAUGGAAAUGGAUUUCCUCCAGGCCUAUUUGGACAAGUUUCCUCUGAACCAUCUAGUGGUUUGAUCUAUUUAAUUGGUCACCCAGAAGGUCAGAUCAAGAAAAUAGAUGGUUGUGCUGUGAUUCCUUUCAAGGAACGGCUUGAGAGGUACCAAGAACAACAUCCAGAUACGAUUGCCGCUUCCAAUGCUUACCCUAUGUUUACCCAAAGAAGUUUCCCAUCUGCGGUUUGGCGCACUGACACACUUAGUUACGAUACUUGUUUUUCUAGUGGGUCCUCUGGCUCCCCAGUGUUUAAUGCAGAUGGUAAAUUGGUUGCUAUGCACUCCUUUGGGCAUUUUUAUGAACAUGAAGGUUGGGUUUAUGCCCUUAUUGAAUUUGGCUAUUCUAUGGAUUCAAUCCUUCGUGAUAUUAAACAGAAUAAUGAAAGCUUGUACAAAGUAUUAAGUGAAGAGAAAAAUGAGAACCACAAUGAAGAGAAAUGUAACAAACAAGAGUCAUCAUUCCAAGGUCAUCAGAUUGAACCCAUGGAACAUUAGGGAAAAGAUGCUGCUUUCAAAAAAUAUGCCAAUAAUUUUAAGUAUUUGUGACUGUUUCUUUAAAGUAUAAUGAAUAUUACUUCUUAAUUAGAAAGCUUUCAGAGAAUCAUGUAGAUGUACAAAACACAUAUUAGAGCUCAAGUAAAUAUUGAUUUUUUUUCUUA